GUCAAAUUGGCGAUAACGCGAUUGGAAACUCGGACAAUCGGAGCCUUCAGCGGCUCUGCGCUUUCCCCAGGAUAUUUGUUCGUCUGUCUGGGGCUCAUUGCCAUGCAAAGGGGCUGACAUCAGAGCACCUUUUGUUGCUUAAAAGCUUUCUCCCGGAGAGAGAGAGCCCGGACUAGGAGUCAUGUGGAGUUGGGAGAGUCCAUGUCGGGAAAAGGGCAGAGAACCUGAGUUACUUCACCGACAAGUUGAAACCUAACGCCCAGCCGCUUCCCGUUUCAGCUGGCAGAUCCUUGCUACGCUUGUUUCGUCCAGGCUUCUUUUGCGCUCGCCGAAAGAAGGGAAGGGACCCCCGGUGGUGGUUUUCUCCUGAACGCUGGAGCAGAGUUUUCACUCGACACACACCCCCUCCACAGAAAGAAGGUGGUUCGCGCCACACUCUGCUCUGCCAUCCUGUUGCUUGGCCACGACAAGUAGGCAAAGUUCGUACGGGACAUGGAAGCGCUCUGGCGCGCCCAGAAGAACUGAGCCCGAGUCCGGCGGCGUUUCCCAAAGGGUCCCGCGGCCUCCCAUCUGCCCUUGCCCCUCGCUGAGGGAGAGCCAGGCAAGAGACGCGGCGGCAUGCUGGACAGGCUGGCCAGAAAGAUACCGUCUAGGGAGGCUGGAGCAGCGGCCAGGCGCGAGGUUUGAGGCUGCGGGGCGCGCCAGGCUCCCCUCUGCGGGGCUCGCGUGUUGAGCCGCCCUGGCUGAGAGGCAGCAGGCGAUGGAGGAGGAAGAGGAGCAAGCCUCGGCUGUCGAGUCCCAGGAGGGCGCCAGCAGCAGCAGCAGCGUCCCCGAAAGUUUCUCCAGGCUUUGGACGGAUGUCAUGGGGAUCUUGGAUGGGUCACUGGGCAACAUUGAUGAUCUGGCUCAACAGUAUGCAGAUUACUAUAAUACCUGUUUUACCGAUGUAUGUGAAAGGAUGGAAGAACUGCGUAAACGAAGGGUAUCUCAAGACCUUGAUAUGGAGAAAUCUGAUGCCAGCUCCACAUCCCUACAGCUGCAAUCCAGAUUGAACAAUGAAUCUCUCUUCCAGGAAUCCCUUGGCUUUAGCAGUGUAGCAUCCACACCAGAAAUAGAAAGAAAGUUCUCUCUUCAUAAGUCAAGUUCUGAAGAAAGUGCAGUUGGUAAAGUAGAUUGGAAAAAGAAGAAUAAAUACUUCUGGCAAAACCUCCGAAAGAAUCAGAAGGGACUAAUGAGACAGUCUUCAAAAGGGGAAGAUGUUGGUUAUGUAGCAAGUGAAAUCACAAUGAGUGACGAGGAGCGGAUCCAGUUAAUGAUGAUGGUCAAGGAGAAGAUGAUUACUAUUGAGGAAGCUCUUGCAAGGCUUAAGGAAUAUGAAGCUCAACAUCGGCAAUCAGGAAACAUGGAUGCAUCUGAAUGGUCUGAUAAUUCUUAUCCGACAUUUGAUGUUUCUUCCAAUUGCAAUUCAAGAGAACCAUCAGAGGAUGAAUCGGAAGAAUCAGUGAAGUUCAAGAGACUGCAUAAGUUAGUCAACUCUACUCGCAGGGUGAGAAAGAAAUUAAUUCGAGUGGAAGAAAUUAAAAAACCCAGCACUGAAGGUGUGGAUGAUCACUCCUUUGACACUCCCACAGGACCAGAUGGAAGACCGGCACUUUACUCUGGAAUUCACAAGAAACAAUUCAUUUUGGAUAAUUCCUCUGAAAAACAGCCAGAUAACGAAAGUGAUUCACUGACCGUAUAUCCUUCAUCCAGCAGCCUGGACACUUGGGGUACAAACAAGAAAUUGCUUAAGACCUUCAGUAAAUCUGAUAGUCGUGGCCUUAUAAAACCACCCAAAAAACUUGGGACAUUCUUUUCUUAUCCAGAAGAGGAUAAAAUACCCAAAGUUUGCCGUUCUUUAACGGAUGGAGAAAUGAAGAACCUUGGCUCUCUCAGUCAUGGGAGAACCUGCAGCUUUGGUGGUUUUGAUUUGGCAAAUCGCUCACUGCACAUUGGAAACAGUCCAGAUCAAAUUGGAAAUGAUGGUGAUUUUGUCUACAAAGAGGUGAUCAAAUCUCCUUCGACUUCCCGCAUAUCCCUGGGUAAGAAGGUGAAAUCGUAAAAGAAACCAUGAAGAAAGAUGUCUAAAAAAUACAGCAGCAGCAACUUGUCAGAGCAGGAACCCAAUCUGGAUGUAAGGCCAGAGUCUCUUCAGGCACCACAGCCAGAUACUUUGGAUAAACCAAAGUUGAAAGCUGGUGGUUCAGUAGAAAGUUUGCGGAGUUCCCUCAGUGGCCAAAGCUCCAUGAGUGGGCAGACGGUAAGCACAACUGACUCUUCAACCAGCAAUAGAGAGAGCGUCAAGUCUGAAGAUGGUGAUGAGGAGGAGCUUGCGUACCGAGGGCCUUUCUGUGGUCGUGCCAGGGUUCACACUGACUUUACCCCCAGCCCUUAUGAUACGGAUUCCUUAAAACUACAGAAAGGUGAUAUUAUUGAUAUAAUUAGCAAGCCUCUGGGUACCUGGAUGGGUCUUCUGAACAAUAAAGUUGGUACUUUCAAAUUCAUCUACGUGGAUGUGUAUGAAGAGGAAGAAAAGCCUAAAAGGCCCACAAGGAGGCGCCAAAAAGGAAGAUUACAGCAACCCAAAUCUGUUGAGGAUCUCCUUGAUCGCAUCAAUUUAAAGGAGCACAUGCCAACCUUUCUGUUCAAUGGCUAUGAAGACUUAGAUACCUUCAAGCUCCUGGAGGAAGAAGAUUUGGAUGAGCUCAUUCGCGAUCCAGAGCACCGAGCUGUUCUCUUGACAGCAGUGGAGCUCCUGCAAGAAUAUGACAGUAACAGUGAUCAGUCGGGCUCUCAAGAGAAACUCCUCGUAGAUGGCCAAGACCUCAGUGGAUGUUCUCCCAGGGAUUCAGGCUGCUACGAAAGCAGUGAAAACCUGGAGAAUGCUAAAAGACGACAGCCUUGUCUCCUGCCCACAAAAGUAGCCAGUGAAUAUCAUUUUAAGGAUUUCCACCGAAACCCACUGGUGAAUUUUCCAAAUCUACCCUUAAGUAAAUCAACGGAAGCUUAUCAGAAAGAAAAGAAACCCAGUUCAGCUGUGUGUAUCCAGUCUUCAAAACCGUCUCAAGCUGCCAGCAAAGCACCCAUGAUCUUGGGAGGGGCUAAUGCUUCGAUCUCCAAAGAAAAUGUGGAAACUGAUCAGAAGGACAUGAGUGAAGCAAAAAUGCUACCCAAAACAUCUUCACAGCCACCGCCAGUCCCUGCGAAAAAAAACAGAGAACGCGUUUCUAAUGGACACUGUCAUCUCCCCUCAACUCUAUCUUGUUCAGAUGUACCAUCUUUGCCAGCAAAAAAGUUACCCUUCAGGGCUCCUCCAGUUCCCAUGAUGACUGCAUGUAUAACAUUUCCUGAUCAGGAACCCAAAACUCCUUCCACCAUAAGGCCUCCUUGGUUGUCCGACCUUCCAGAAACAACUAGUGUCCAGCAACAUGUGUUAAAACUCGAUCCUUCUUCAGUAAGGAAGAUAUCCUGUAAUAGAGGACUGGAUCUUGAAAUGUUGAUAGAAAAUAAGCUGCAGUCUGAAGAUAUUGAUCUUACAGAAGAGCCCUAUUCUGAUAAGCAUGGCCGUUGCGGGAUUCCUGAACCUUUGGUGCAAAGAUAUGCUGAAGAUUUAGAUCACCCUGAAAAGGAUGUUGCUACACACCUGGACCAAGUACGAGUGAAGCAGCUGAGAAAGCAGCACCGCAUGGCUAUUCCAAGUGAUGGCCUCACUGAAAUUUGCCGAAAACCUGUAUCACCUGAUGUCUCUUCCAUAACUGAUUGGCUAGUUUCUGUUGGCCUCCCAAUGUACUCAGUCUCUCUCAGAGCUGCAGGAAUCAAUGACUUAAGUAAAGUGCCUUCUCUCUCACAAACGUCACUUCAUGAGGCUGGCAUCACUGAAGAGAAGCAUAUAAGCAAGCUUUUAGCAGCAGCGAGACUUCUGAAUCCAGAGACCAUAUAACCCAUUCUGGAAUAUAGUAUUUUUUUUCUGUUGGAAAACCUAUCAUUUCUUUUAAAAGCGAUUUCAUUAUUAAUUGCCCCAGAAAAAGCUUUGGAACAGGCAAAUCUGGUCCUGGAGAAGGCUGAAGUUUCAUCCUCUUCAUAUAAAACUAGUAUCAGCGGUCCACAACAGGGAAGUAUUUUUAUUCAAAGAAAAGGCACAAGCAAUAGUUUUCAUUUGCUAAGGACUCUUAGUGUUGCUUUUGGCCAUACAUUCUUGAAAAGUCAACAACAAACAUCUUCAGUUUUGGGGGAAAGGGGGUAGCAAAUUGUAGAUCUCUAGAUACUUUGGUUCUAUUCAAAGGCUAAAGCAUAGCUAACCAUUAAGGAUUUUAAUUCAAAUUUAUAUAUCCUAUUUGUUGAAAUCACAACAAAUGUAUUAAAGAUUAGUUCUGUUUCUAUAAUAGAGGUUCCUUCUACAUCCUUUUCAUUUCAGCAAUUUAUAUAAAAAAUAUAUUAAUAAAGCUUUCCCAAUAUAGUUUCCUAGAAGGUCAGAGUUGAGGAACACAUAGCUUUUGAAUUUCCCCAUAAACAGAAGAUGAGGCAUGGACCAACAGGUGAGGGCCACAGAUUUCCAUCUGACAGUAGCUAGGCCCAGAGUUCUGAAUUUUAUACCUUUUAGCUGAUCUUCAUUGCAACGGACCAACUUUUAAAAGCUCAUUUCUUUAGAAUAAAAGUCUAUUUAGUAGCCAGUUUUAAUUUGCCUUAAAAUGCUUUUGAGCAGUUUACUUACCAGCCUUCAGAUUUACAAGAUCUAUCAUUGUUGCAGUUUUAAUUUACCAAAAGCUUAUUUUAAAGAUUUCCUAUAUCUCACAACAUCUCCUUGUGUAAAGUUGCUGUUUUUGAAAUUGCAGACUUUAGUUCUCAGGCUAACAAGAUGUUUAUAGCUAUUAAUGUUUGCUGGCAUUACUAAAAGGCUGAAAGAUAUUUUGCCUUUGUAUGUACAUAGAUAUAUAUAAAUAUGAUAAAAUGCUUUUCCAUGUUAAUUGCAGUUUUGUGUAUUGUGAUGCAUUGUCGUUCGGUUUGCUGCAGCUUUGACUUGGUAUCCUGACCAUAUCAAUGGGACAUGGGUUGUUCCGUCUGCCCCAAAGAAAACCAAACUGGCUGAAUAAGCAAAAUAUCACUCAUCAUCCAGAGAAUCAGAAAAAGAAUUCUACUUCAGUGAGAUUUUGGGGGUGAAGGGAACUCUCAAGCUAUAGUUCCUGUAAGAGUAGCUAACAUGUCUGUUAUUAGAUAUUGAAAUGAUUUACUACAAUGGGUUGCUGGAGCAAACUGGUUUUGUUUUUUUUCUUUGUGGUACCAUGUUCUUGUUUACUAAAACUAUUAAACUAUACAAUGUAAAAUCUCUUCCUUGUUUCUGUGAAUAUAGAUAAAUUUUAUUUUUGUACAUGAUCGGGCAUAUUAUAUACCAAAUAAGUCUGACACUUCGAUGUCCAGUAGUACCUACUAACUACUAAUUAGCUAUAAUAAUGAAGGCUUUCAGGAUAAGUAAUGCCCCAAUAGUUUGAAGAUGUAAUGGACUUAGUCUAAGCCUGGGAACAUGAAGCCUGAUUUCAGAUAGUUUCUCAUCACCUCUUUGUGCCUCCCAUUGCAUUACCUCUAAAAAAGAAAUUAUUUUACAACUUCAAAAAAUGCAAUAUUCAGCUAAGAACAUUUCUGCAAAGCAUAAUUCUGCCUUUCCAAGAACUCUUUCUCACCAGGUAUCUUCUCUUAUGGACUUUAAUGUAUCAGGUAUUUGUGGUUUUACUAAAAAAAAAAUCACUCCAACCUUCACUAUUUAUUAGAAUAUUCUGACAAGCACAAGUGAUUAAAGAUUUCUACUCAUUAAAGGAAAAAAAGGUGUGUGGUGAACAUUUCUUCUCAUGUACAAAUUUAUUACUUGUUUAAUUAAAUUAAUGGAUGACAAUAUAUGCAGAGAGAUGUGCUCUGCAUGUAGAUUGUGUGGUUAUAAGCUUGUAAGAUUAGCUGGAAUUCUCAUUUAUUUGUAAUAUACUGUAGAAGUUGAUUUUUAAAAAAAAAUUAUUACCACAAACGGUUUAGAUCCAGUGGAAGAUGGAAGACAGUCACGGUAAUAUGUCAGGGUAUAAAUAAUGCCACUAAGGUUUUCACAUUUACAGAAUUACAGAAUGAGAAAAAAAAUAAAUAUUUUAUACAUCUCAAGAAGUAUAUUCAUUAGGAAGGAUACAAAUUAUUAAACUGAGAACAGAAGUGCACAAAUCCAAUGCUGGUUCUGUUGAUAUUGCUAUAUACUUUUUAAAAAUAAUUUUAAUGUGUUGUUUAUUUAUUUUUUGUUUCACAUACACACAAUCAUAUGCAUAGAGAUUACAUAUUAUUUAUAGUAUAACAACUAACGCAACUGCUGACCAUUUCCCCGGUAUUCAUAUUGAUUCUGAAAAAGUGUUAAAUCAUUUAGUAUUUCCAUGUUGCAGAGAAAGUCUAGGUGAUAUAGAAGAACCCCCUAGGUUAGAAGCUGUUAACAUAAGCUAGACUCCUGUAUUGGAUAUUCUACGGACAGGUAGGACCACGUUAAUAUAAUGGAGGAUGGUUUUUAACCAGCAGUUAAUCAAAGAGGCAGCAAUAUAUGCUUCACGGUCCUCCUGAGAAUUAUUCUAAUUAUAAGUUGCCUUUGGGUGCAAGUGGUAAUGCUGUAAAUAAAGAUAUCAGAGCACAAACUCCUCAUUAAUCUUAUUUAUGCAAACUGUAGUGCAGCAAUAAAGGUCAGUUCACCAAGUCAUAGCUGUACAUAUGCAUUAUAUUAUUUUUAAGCCACAUAUUUUGUCCAUACUAAACCCCUAAAUG